GGUAAUGUUCAUAAAAUGUAUAAAGAUUUAAGGAAGUCAUUGAUAAUUUCCCAUUAAAUUAUUGACGAAGAUAUUGAGAUCUGUGAUCACUCACGUUUCUUCUCUCUCCGCCUCUUCCAAUCCCCCUCCGCCUCUUACAAUAAUCGAAUUACCCUCCUGUUGAUUCGCCGUUGUACCUUUGUCCCUUUACAAGAUCCAAUCAAAUUUCUUCUCAUAAUCAAUCAUGUCUACAGCAGUCUUCAAUGGCGAUGAAACUGCGCCCUUCUUCGGCUUUCUCGGCGCCGCUGCGGCCCUCGUGUUCUCCUGUAUGGGAGCAGCGUAUGGAACAGCGAAGAGUGGAGUUGGAGUAGCAUCAAUGGGAGUGAUGAGACCAGAAUUGGUGAUGAAAUCGAUUGUCCCAGUUGUUAUGGCUGGAGUUUUGGGUAUUUAUGGGUUGAUUAUUGCUGUGAUCAUCAGUACUGGUAUUAACCCUAAGGCAAAAUCCUACUAUCUUUUUGAUGGUUACGCUCAUCUAUCUUCUGGUCUUGCUUGUGGUCUCGCUGGUUUAUCUGCUGGUAUGGCUAUUGGUAUCGUUGGUGACGCUGGUGUUAGAGCAAAUGCCCAACAGCCCAAGCUUUUUGUUGGAAUGAUCCUUAUCCUCAUUUUUGCUGAAGCUUUGGCUUUGUACGGUCUCAUCGUUGGUAUCAUUCUUUCUUCCCGUGCUGGUCAGUCAAGAGCCGACUAAUAGAGGUUCACCCUUGAUCUCUGUGUUAUCAACGCCAUCUGGAGAUGUAAUUAUUUCUUGUCAAGGCAGUGAAAGAGUGUUGCUUUGGCUUCAAAGUGGCUCUUGCAGGAUAUUUUUAUAUGAUCUUAUUUUAUUCUAGUUAUGAUUGGUGAUUCUUCUUUAUGAGGAAUUUUAAAACCAUAAUGUAGAGAGUUUAGCGUCUCCUCCAAAUAAAGUGAUGCACAAAUCUAACUUUAUCUAUUCAAUUAUUUCAUUCA